AUGAGCGAAAGCGUCGAAAAGGAAGGUCAACGGAAAGUUAACGAUGAAUUAAUAAAUAACGACAGUUUUGAUCCCCUGGAAGAUGCAGCUUCAAACUGGAGUUGUUAUAAACUGAUUAUUGAUCCGGGUUUGACCAGCGGAAGUCAGAAAGUGUACCGCUAUGAUGGACAUCACUUCAGUGAACCGCAUCCUGAAUGUUUUCCGGUGGAUGUUGUACGAGAUCCAAGAAUUACUCGUUUUUGGACAAAAUUCAAAACCGCAGAUCUCCCAGUCCCCAAAUUUAAGGUUGAUGAGUAUUACGUCGGAGCACCUAAGGAGUUGACAUUUGCAAGGCUUAAUGACAACGUUAGAGAUGGAUUUCUAUCUGAAAUGUGUAAACGCUUUGGAGAGAUUCAAGAUUUGAAAGUCUUUUAUAAUCCAAAGAACAAAAAACAUUUAGGACUAGCAAAGGUUGUCUUUGAAUCUGUAAAAGCAGCAAACAAUGCAGUAAAUAAUCUCCACAAAACUUCUGUGAUGGGAAACAACAUUCAUGUGGAGCUUGACCCCAAAGGUUUGAAGAUGAAUCGAUACUUCCAGAUGAUUGUUAAUGGUUUAUAUACACCUUUUACUCUUCCUGUUGAAGAAGAGGCAUGGGGGCCUCGGUCGCCAUCUUCCAUCACAGACUCCUUAAUUGAGUGUGAAUCACUGAAGAAACUGUCAUACACAUUAUCCUCCUCAUCCUCAAUAUGUAAUGGCUCCCCUUCUCUGGAUUGUUCUACUCCUUUAUCCAUGGAUACUGCCUACUCCAGCAUGCAUCAGGACACUCCCAGUAGCUUCUGGCAAACGCCUCAAUACCAAGAUACUCCUCGCACCCCUUCUGUGACCCACAGUAUACCAGGCACACCAUCUCAAU